AUGGAUUGCUGUUUCGGUCCAUUGACGCUGCUGCUGGUCACAGACGUUCCACCCCAACCCGUUCCCAAGGAGGGGGGUUAUACCUAUGAAGAACACAUCUGGAAGACCGCCCGGAAAGAGAUCCACAAGACUUCGAAAGACUACCAAAAAGUCUUUAAGCCACGCGACAGUGUCGUUUCACGAAGCAACAUCCAGGUGCAUGGAUAA